GAUUUCGACAUGAACGGUCGCGACUCCAAAUUGUGGCUGCUGGUCACAAUCGCGUCUCUGGCUCUAAUAGGAGCCUGCGGUGCUGUAAAUUAUCGACUCGAUACUAGUGUUAUACCAUCGUUUUACAAUCUAAGCAUUCAGCUAUUCGAUCACACAGACAACAGCAUAUUCGAUGGCGAAGCCACCAUUGAUAUUAAAACAUUUAAAACGGAUGUAAAGCAAAUAACGCUGCACAAGGACUCGCUGGACAUUGUUGCAUGUGCGCUACACGAUGGCAGCACAGGCGCGCUAGUCGAGCAGAUUGAUAUCACUCGUUUGACCUAUGAAUCGCUAACACACCAGCUGACGGUGCCACUAAAGGCUGCCUUGAUUGACCAGAAUACGUAUACGUUGAAGUUCAAGUACACUGGCAAAAUACGCACGGAUAUGGCCGGACUAUUUUGGGCCAACUAUACGACGCUAAAUUCUGAAAAAAAAGAGGAAAACCACUUGGUGCUCAUAACUCAAAUGCAGCGUCUCAAUGCGCGCUUGGUCCUGCCCUGCUUCGACGAGCCUGCCUUCAAGGCCAAGUUCCAAGUGCACAUUCGGCGACCAGAGCACGGUUUUAUGAGAGCCUAUGAAACCUUCAGCAACACCAAGCGAACACAUACUACCAAAGAGAGCGAGAAUCGCUUCACAGAUCACUUUGAAGUAACGCCCCCAAUGUCCACUUAUCUGUUGGCCUUCGCGGUCUCCGAGUUCCAAGUCCGCGGCAACGAAAGCGAGUUUGCUGUGAUAUCGCGUCCAGAUUACUUCUAUAAAACCGAUUUCAGCUACGAAGUGGGAAAACGCAUGUUGCCCGCCUAUGGUGAGCAGUUCGAAUCAAAUUAUACACAGCUGGGCAAUGACGUACUGCUGUACUUAAGUUCACCACGUUUUCCACACAAUGGCAUGGAGAACUGGGGUCUCAUCAUUUACAGUGAUGAUGUGCUAGCUAUGGAUAGUUACUCGGAUGGUUAUAACAACAAAGAGUACACAAUUCGCAUAAUUGCCCAUGAAACGUCGCAUAUGUGGUUUGGCAAUAGUGUAACUUUUAAAUGGUGGAGCUACUUUUGGCUAAAUGAAGCAUUUGCACGCUACUACGAAUACUUUAUGGCAAAUUCUCUAUUUCCAGACUAUCAACUCGAUCAGCAAUUCGUUGUACGACAACUGCAAAUGAUUAUGGUCACCGAUUCACAAAAUAAAACUCAGCCUAUGACCAGUCCUGAGGACAGCAUACAGACACCAACCGAAAUCGCCUCCAAAUUCAGCAGCAUUGCUUAUGCCAAGGGUGCAAGCAUUGUGCGCAUGUGGCGCAACAUUAUGGGUGGCAAUAAUUUUUAUAGUGCAAUUAAUGCAUAUCUUCUUCAACGCCACUUGGGUAACACAGUGCCAGCAGAUUUAUUUACGCACUUGAAGGAGCACUGGCCAGCUCAAAGUCAAGAGGUCAAGGCGGAUUUGGAUGAAUUCUUUUACGACUGGACCGAACAAGUUGGUUAUCCUGUAAUGAUUGCGAAUGUCAGCGAGGGCAAUCGCCUGAUCACCUUGAAGCAGCAGCGCUUCUUACUCAACCCCAAGGAUGGCAGUGAUACUAAACUACGUUACACAGUGCCCAUCACGUUUGCCACAAAUACGAAGCCCACAUUCGAUACUUUGACUCCAAGAUUUUACUACCUAAGAAAUCUAACCGAAUUGCGUUUGAAUAGUGAGCAACCACUUGACUGGAUUAUUUUUAAUCUUAAACAGUCCAACUACUAUCGCGUGCUCUACGAUACGCCCCUGCUUAGAGGACUGCGUAAUGCGUUGUUUGCAGACAAGCACAGCUCGAUUCCUGUGGAGAAUCGUGCAGGAUUGAUCGACGAUCUAUUCAACUUUGCCAGUGCUGGUAUGAUUGACUAUGCCGUAGUUUUUGAGUUCAUGGAGUAUUUGAGCAAGGAGCUGGAAUAUAUACCCUUCUAUGCUGCCUUUGAGAACAUGCAGCAUGUGGCAAAGCGCCUGACACCAGCACAACUUCCCGAUUUCACAAGAUACUUGGGCGACAUAACGUCUGCGGCGUUUAACAAACUUGGUGUGGACUGGGACUUUAUGGACAAAGUAUUGGAUGUGUACAAUCGCAACAAGCUAGUGUCCUGGCUCUGCAAAUAUCAGCACGCGGCAUGCAACAACAAAGUUCGGGUAAGAUUUGAACUAAACAAGCGAAUGCCAACGCCAGAUUAUCGUGAGAACUACUACUGUGCUGCUUCACGAGUGGGCGGCUAUGAUCAUGUAAUGGCUCUCUACACGAACGAAACCUUUGCCAAGGAGAAGCAGCUGCUGUGGCGCGCUGCCAGCUGUACAAGGGAUUACAAAAUGCAUUACAACAACGAAGUUCUGAACAAAUCAAGGGAUGCUGACCUUAAGACUACUGCACUGAAGCAGUUAUAUGAACAGAAUCCAGAUUUAGUUACUCCCGUUUUCCAAAUGAUCAAUGAGAAUGUGACCCAGUUGGCUGAAUCUUUGAGCAGUUGGGACAAAACAGCCGAAGCGUUGAGCAAUUUAUCCGAAUACUUUACAACCCGCGACCAGCAGAAGAUGUUUGUUGAUUUCUGCGAAAAGAACAGCACACUCUUUGGCAGCUCAGCGGAUACUCUGAAGAAGGCGCUGGUUACGGUGGAGUCAAAUAUUCAGUGGGGAGAGCAGCGCUUGCCUGGUCUGGUUAAAUAUUUGCAUGAGAGAAAUGGCGCUACUGGGCUAACACUGGCAACAUCGCUCCUAUUGCUAAUCGCAGCGGUUUUUAAUGUAAAGACUGCCUUCGCUAUGAAUGGUUGGACUUCCAAAUUGUGGCUGCUGGCCACAAUUGCGUUAAUCGCUUUAAUAGGAACCAACGGUGCUGUUGAUUACCGACUCGACAGAAGUGUGAUACCAUCGUUUUACAAUCUGAGCAUAAAACUAUUCGAUCACGAAGAUAACCGAAUUUUUGAUGGAUCCGUCAGUAUAGAUAUUCAAACAUUCGAAACAAAUAUAAAAGAAAUAAAGCUGCACAAGGACUUGCUGGAUAUUCAAGGAUGUGCGCUUUAUAAGACAGGUCAGCUAGUGGAGAAGAUUGAUAUCGCUCGUCUGGAUUAUAAAUCAGAAACCCAAACGCUGACCAUACCGCUGACAGAUGUUUUGAUUGAUCAAGUUACCUACACAUUGAACUUUAAUUAUACCGGUCAUAUACGCACGGAUAUGUCGGGACUAUAUGUAGCAGACUAUAAUAACAUAAUGCUCUUAACUCAUAUGCAUGGCUUAAAUGCGCGCUUGGUUCUGCCCUGCUUUGAUGAGCCUGCAUUCAAGGCCAAGUUUCAAUUGCACAUUCGUCGAUCCAGCGCUUACCAAUGCUUCAGUAACACCAAGUUAGCCAGUACUACUCAAGAGAGUGCUAAUCGCUACACAGAUCACUUUGAGGUGACGCCUCCUAUGUCGACUUAUCUGCUCGCUUUUGCUGUCUCCGAGUUCAAGUACUUGGGCAAUCUUAGCGAGUUUGCUGUUAUAUCCCAACCAGAUCACUAUAUGAACACCGAAUUCAGUUACAAUGUGGGCAAACGCUUACUACCAGCUUACGGCGAGCUGUUUGAACAAAAUUAUACGCAGCUGGGCAAUGAGGCGUUACUAUUCUUAGCUUCACCACGUUUUCGACACAGUGGCAUGGAGAACUGGGGACUCGUUAUUUUCAGAGAUAAUAUACUGCUGCAGUCUCCCGGCUACACCGACGGCUGGAGCAACAAAGAGACAACAAUAUCUGUAAUUUCCCACGAAAUAUCGCAUAUGUGGUUUGGCAACAGUGUAACUUUUAAAUGGUGGAACUACUAUUGGCUAAACGAGGGAUUUGCAAAUUACUACGGUUACUUUAUGACAAAUGCUCUGUAUCCAGAGUAUCAACUGGAUCAGCAAUUCGUUGUGAAAGAAUUGCAAAAGAUUAUGGUCACCGAUUCACAAAAUAAAACUCAGCCUAUGACCAGUCCAGAGGACAGCAUACAUACCCCAGCGGAAAUCUCCUCCAAGUUCAGCAACAUUGCUUAUGCCAAGGGUGCAAGCAUUGUGCGCAUGUGGCGCAACAUUAUGGGUGGCAGUAAAUUUAGUGAAGCCAUCAAUGGAUAUCUUCAUCAACGUCACUUGGGUAACGCAGUGCCAGUAGAUUUGUUUACGCACUUGAAGGAGCACUGGCCAGCUCAAAGUCAAGAGGUCAAGGCGGAUUUGGAUGAAUUCUUUUACGACUGGACCGAACAAGUUGGUUAUCCUGUAAUGAUUGCGAAUGUCAGCGAGGGCAAUCGCCUGAUCACCUUGAAGCAGCAGCGCUUCUUACUCAACCCCAAGGAUGGCAGUGAUACUAAACUACGUUACACAGUGCCCAUCACGUUUGCCACAAAUACGAAGCCCACAUUCGAUACUUUGACUCCAAGAUUUUACUACCUAAGAAAUCUAACCGAAUUGCGUUUGAAUAGUGAGCAACCACUUGACUGGAUUAUUUUUAAUCUUAAACAGUCCAACUACUAUCGCGUGCUCUACGAUACGCCCCUGCUUAGAGGACUGCGUAAUGCGUUGUUUGCAGACAAGCACAGCUCGAUUCCUGUGGAGAAUCGUGCAGGAUUGAUCGACGAUCUAUUCAACUUUGCCAGUGCUGGUAUGAUUGACUAUGCCGUAGUUUUUGAGUUCAUGGAGUAUUUGAGCAAGGAGCUGGAAUAUAUACCCUUCUAUGCUGCCUUUGAGAACAUGCAGCAUGUGGCAAAGCGCCUGACACCAGCACAACUUCCCGAUUUCACAAGAUACUUGGGCGACAUAACGUCUGCGGCGUUUAACAAACUUGGGGUGGACUGGGACAAUAAGGACAAAGUAUUGGAUGUGUACAAUCGCAACAAGCAAGUGGCCUGGCUCUGCAAAUAUCAGCACGCGGCAUGCAACAAUAAAAUUCGGGAAAGAUUUGCAUCUAACAAAAGCAAGCCAACUCCAGAUUAUCGUGAGAGCUACUUCUGUGCUGCUUCACGAGUGGGCGGCUAUGACCAUGUGAUGGAUCUGUACAGCAAAGAAACCUUUGUCAGCGACAUGCAGCUGCUGUGGCGCGCUGCUAGUUGUACAAGAGACUAUCAGAAGCAUUAUAAAAACGAAAUCUUAACAAAUUCUAGAGACGUUGAAUUGAAAAUGACUGCACUGCAGCAAUUAUAUCAACAGAAUCCAGAUUUAGUUACUCCCAUUUUCCAAAUGAUCAAUGAGAAUGUCACUCAGUUGGAAGAAGCUUUGUAUGGUUGGGACAAAACAGCCGAAGCGUUGAGCAAUUUAUCCGAAUACUUUACAACCCGCGACCAGCAGAAGAUGUUUGUUGAUUUCUGCGAAAAGAACAGCACACUCUUUGGCAGCUCAGCGGAUACUCUGAAGAAGGCGCUGGUUACGGUGGAGUCAAAUAUUCAGUGGGGAGAGCAGCGCUUGCCUGGUCUGGUUAAAUAUUUGCAUGAGAGAAAUGGCGCCACUGCGCUAACAGUGGCAACAUCGCUGUUGUUGCUAAUCGCAGCGGUUUUAAGGCUGCAAUGAAAGAAAUUGUUGCCAAUUAUAUAUUAUAGAAUAUAUUGCCUUUAAAUAAAUACA